GGUUCAAAUUCGCACAACAACACGCGCAUUGGUGAAUAAAACAGCAACAAACAGUCAACAUCCAAGGCACAAAACAAGCAGGAAGAAAAACGUAAACGGCUCAAAAAAUGCGUGCGACAACUCGUCUGUUGCAGUCAUGCCGCAUCACUCUCUUUACACGCGAGAACUGCGGCCUCUGCACAAGUGCCAAGACCACCCUAUCGACCGUCUGGGACGAUCGGCCCUUCAUCUACCGUGAAAUCGAUAUCAUCAAGCCUGAGGCCAAGGCAUGGCGAGACCUAUACGACUUUGACGUUCCCGUUAUUCACGUCAGCAAGGCUGAUGCGCCAGAGGAGAAUCCUCAGCUUUCAUCCCGUGCCUUGAAGUUGAUGCAUCGCUUCACCCCGGGCGAGGUGCAGGGCAAGAUGGAUGCUGCUGAGAAGGCCUAGAAUGUGUCAUUUCCGAAAAUAAUAUGCACUGGCUGGCCACUGAAUCUCCAAUUCAUUCGAUGUUGUUUUUAUUUAAAAUUCCUUGAGCCUCACUCCAGAAAAACGACCAUUGUCAUGCUCUAUAACUACCGAUUAAAAUACCACAGCCGUAUCCAGAAAAGCAGAAACGUCUGAAGAAACUCGGCCUGAACAAAUCUUGCUGUAUCAGGAUAAUAGUCUAAUUAUAAACGAAUACG